AUGAAUCCCAUAUAAGACAGUGAGAUAAACUACGCAAAAAACUAUGCUAAGUUCGACAAUAGUGUUUUGAUAAUAGGAGCUGGCCCUUGCGGAAUAUUAAGCACAAGAUAUGUCUCUGAAAAGAACAAUGUACUUUGUGUGGAUGGAAAAAGUGAUUUAGGAGGUUUAUGGAAAUUUGAAGAAGUCAAUGAAUACAACCAUCCAAGUCUCUAAAGCGACGCUUAUUACAACUCUUAUGGCGUCUUGCAAAGCUCACUCUACGAAGACCUUUAAUGCAAUGACUGUAAGUCUAUGAUGUGCUAUAAGGGACUUGCUCCAAAAAGAGAAAAUGACGAAUAUAUGUUUAGUGAACAAUUUUACGACUAUCUUUUACAGUAUUCAAAAAAAUAUAAUCUCUCAAAAUACAUGGCUUUUAACACUUUCGUCCAAUCAGUGCGCUUAUCUAAAAAUGUUACUUAGGAGGAAAAACAAGAACUCGGAUUUGAUUUAAAUAAGCGUUUCUUAAUUUAACUUGUAGAUUCAAACGACUACAAUUAAAAUAGCAGAUUUGUAUAAGCAGAUUAGGUAAUUGUAUGCACAGGCCACUACUCUGUUCCAAAUUACCCAAAUAUAGAAAAUCAAAGUACUUUUAGCGGUGAUUUGAUUCACAUGCAUUACUUCCGUAAGAAUAAAAUAGCUUAAUACGCUAAUCACCAUUUAGUAAUAUAUGGAGCUGGUCUUUCUGCAUAAGACAUAGUUUUGAUCCUCUUGAAGAGACAAAGAGACCUCAAACCUUCUAAGAUUACAGUUAUUGGCUAGAAGAAUUUGAUUGAAGCUCAAUCUAAAUCUGACUGCUAUUUAGAAGAAAUGACAACUGGUAGACUAGUUUACAAGAGCGGGAACAUUACGAAAUUUAAUUCACCUAAUUCUAUACUUUUGGACAAUGGAGAAAUCAUUGAAAAUGUAGACAAUGUGUUAUAUGCAACUGGAUAUCAAUACUCUUAUCCAUUCCUUGAGAAAAACUCCCAUAUAGACAAUAUAAUCGAAUUCUAUAAUGAAAGAAAGAAUUCCUUUGGACCUCUAUAUAGAAGAAUGUUUGCAGUCAGAGAGCCUAACCUUAUAUUUUUAGGAACUGUUUAAACAGUUUUCUAACUAUAAAGUUGCCUUGAGAGAUAAGCUAUUGUUGCUUCAAGAUAUAUUGACUAAAAAGUAGAACUCCCAAAUUAAUAAGAAAUGGAAAAGUCCUUUUAAGAAGACUUCGAUGAAGCCUGUAAAAUACAUCCCGAUGGCAGAUACUAUUUGAAAGCUUUUAUAACUGAAUCUGGCUUUAACGAUUUCAAGUACACAUAAUAACUCUUAUAAUUGGCAUAAAUUCCUCUUGACUAAGGAUUCGAAAAAAUUUAUAAAGAAGUCAUAUACCCCUUAUACUUGAAAUUAUUUAUAAACGGAAAUUAUCCUAGAUUAAAAACACUAAAUUUUGAAAAUAUUAUUGACCCUGAUUAUGCCCCUGAAGAAAACUAGUUUUGA